AUGAGCAGAGUCCCGUUUCUGAGCGGCGCUCUGCAGGGCGCAAGCCCCACGCGCCCUCUCAGUCUAAGCACGAGUGUUCCCCCGGCUCAUGCUGGCGGUCCAACCGGUGCGGAAGACAUAUACGAUGCCCCUCUGGUGGUGGGCGGCUUCCUAUCAUCAGACAACGAGCCGGUUCAGACGUGUCACGGGGCGCUUCUACCCCUUUCUCACUAUUUGGACGCGUGGCGCACGCUUCCAGGAGUGUCAGAAUGGGUGCUGAACACAGUUUCGAGCGGGUAUACGCUUCAGUUCGCACGCAGACCACCCCGCUUCAGCGGCGUGAGGAUGUCAGACGUGCAGAGCAGGGACGCACCAGUGUUGCGAGCAGAAAUUCUCUCUCUCCUUGCAAAACAGGCGAUAGAAGAAGUCCCCCCGGGUAAUAUGGAGUGUGGCCUUUACAGUCGCUACUUCCUGGUCCCCAAAAAGGACGGGGGGCUUCGACCUAUUCUGGAUUUGAGACCACUGAACCGCGCGCUCGCAAAGCGCUCGUUCAAGAUGAUAACAGUGAAACAGAUCCUCGCACACAUUCAGCCCGGGGACUGGUUUAUCUCGGUGGACUUGAAAGACGCCUAUUUUCACAUUCAGAUAGUCCCUCGUCACAGGCGCUUUCUAAGAUUCGCGUUCGAGGGCAGAGCUUAUCAAUUCAAAGUUCUCCCUUUCGGCUUGGCUUUGGCCCCGAGGUCUUUUACGAAGUGUAUCAAUGCAGCGCUUUCCCCUCUCAGGCAGAGUGGAAUUCGCAUCCUGAAUUAUCUGGACGACUGGCUUGUUAUAGCCCAGUCACGGGAUACGCUGGAAAGCCACAAAUGUCAGCUUCUAGAGCAUCUGAAGCACCUUGGUCUGACGAUCAAUAUGCGGAAGAGCAAGCUUCGCCCCACACAGGCCAUCGCAUUCUUGGGAAUGGAUUUGAACUCGCAAUCGAUGAGAGCGCGUCUCUCUCAAGAGCGAAUGCGAGCUUUGGCCAGCGCUCUCACCUCGUUCAAGCCAGGGAGAGUGGUGACUCUGAAAUGCUUUCAGAGGUUGUUGGGGCGUAUGGCAGCAGCAGCUGUGGUGUGUCAACUCGGGCUUCUGCAUAUGAGACCACUUCAGCUAUGGCUGAAAUCCCGGGUGCCAAACAACGCGUGGAAGAACGGUCAGUUGCGCGUCUUGGUGACCCGAGAAUGCAUGCAGACGUUAGCCCCCUGGUUCAACACAAGGAUGUUCGAGCAGGGAGUCUCGAUGGGCAGAGUGGUCAGCAGAAAAAUUGUCACUACGGAUGCGUCAUUGACGGGCUGGGGAGCCCUUUGCGACGGCAGGCCGGCUUAUGGCACUUGGACGAAUGCGCAAGCGAGGUGGCAUAUAAAUUACCUAGAACUGAAGGCAGUAUUUUUAGCUUUGCAGGGCUUUCUUCCACUGGUAAAGGAUCGACACGUCCUGGUCCGGACGGACAACAUGACGGUGGUAUCCUAUAUCAACCAUCAGGGAGGUAUUCGUUCACGCUCGCUUCAAAGGCUGGCGGAACGUUUCCUCCUUUGGGCGGACAGAAACCUUCUGUCGAUCCGAGCAGUUCAUGUUCCAGGCAGCCAGAACUGCGGCGCAGACAUGCUGUCCAGGGGUGGUCCAGUUCACGGGGAAUGGAGACUGCACCCGCGGACCAUCCAGCUGAUCUGGAGCCUGUUCGGAGAGGCGGAGAUCGACUUGUUUGCCUCAGAGGAGAACGCGCAUUGCCAGCUGUUCUUCUCGCUGACGAACGCACCUCUGGAUGGGGAUGCUCUUUCGAGUCGCUGGCCCAAGAAGCGCAAAUAUGCCUUUCCCCCAGUGAAGGUUAUGCCGCUAGUGCUGCAGAAAAUCAGAGAGGAAAGGGGGACGGUGCUUCUGGUUGCGCCGAACUGGCCCAAUCAGCCAUGGUUCCCGGAGUUGAUAGAGCUUCUAACGGCUCCCCCGUGGCCGAUUCCGUUACGGAGAGAUCUCUUAUCGCAGGCAAAGGGCUCGGUGUGGCACCCCAGACCGGAGCUAUGGAACCUGCAUGUUUGGCAAGUCAGCGCAGAGGGCAGUCGCUAA